UGCACAGAGGAGGCGUCAGGACGCAGGGAGAAGGUGUAUCCCUAGUAGGGCCUACUUCAACGUUUCCAAGUACAAUGAAGGUUUCUGCAGCUCUUUGGUGUCUCCAAGUUUAUUUGGCUGUCUUUAUUCUUGACACGACCAACUCAUCUGCCACCUAUCGCUGCGGAGUGAGCCCAAAUGAAGUGAUAAUAGUCGUAGUAAACGACGCUAAUUACGCGAACACGUACAUCGCGGAUUAUAAAGAUGACCCCAACUGUCAACCAAAGUUUAUUGGCUCACAAUCAAACUGGACUCAUGCGACAUUCACACUGGCAGAAAACUCCUGUGGAAUGACAUCAUCGGGCGGACGCGACCUAUGGACCGUUUUAGCGACAGAGAAUUCCCGCAUAGAACAACACACUGAUGUUGAAUUCGCCACGACUCCGGGCUGCGACUUCACUGGAGACGAGACAGUUUUUGUGGAAAUAACUUCUGUUCGCGUGCAGAACAUAACGUUUUCACAAAGUGCUGCAAACCUUGUCGCGGAAACCGUUACCAUGGUGAUGAAUCGAAAUAGCGAUGGCGCUGAGAUCACAAGCUGUUACUUAGGCGAAAAUGUUACGCUCUCGAUGACUCUAGGAAAAUCGAAAACUGCAAAGGGUAUAAAAGUGUUUGGAUGUUAUGCAAAACCUACGAAAAGUUCAAAUGAAACGUUUGCUCUUCUGGGUGAUAACGGGUGCCCCGAAGACAAUCGGUUCAUUUCUGAUCCAUUCCAUGCCUAUAGGGGUUAUUUUACAUCUGGUGGAUUCCGUUGUUUCAAAUUCCCAGAGUCGACCACCUUGUAUUUCACCUGUGCGAUAGGGUUUUGCAGCACGGAUGAUGAUUCAAGGUGUAUAUCGGGUCCUAGCAGGUGUUCUAUUGACGGCAGAAAUAAAAGAUGGGUGACUGGCGAAGGGCAAAAAUCGCCAAAGACGCCUCGCGUUGACGUCAUCAACUCCCCGUACCAGCCGGAGACAGAGAACCACUACCCGAUAAAUUUAGAAGUUUCAGUCAUCACAUUACCGGAGGAAAACCCUUUUAGUAAUAACAAAGAAAAAAUGGAGGUGCCAAAAGCCAUGAAAUCAACAAUUUUUACAGUGACGACUAUUGCCCUGGCGUGUCUGUUUCUGGCUGCGGUCGCAACUGUUAUCAUCGUACCUCUCCGAAUGUUAAAAUUGCGCCGUCAACUGAAAAACUCCACUCAGCUGCAUCCUGACGCCAGUUUCAACACUCCUGUUCACAUUCCAGUCACUAUUCUCAGACCUUAAUAAGAUUAUACUGCAAUUUGUAAUGUAAUCCAUAUAUUUGAGUCACAAAAAAGAUAUAUCUAAAUAAAUAAAGGAAUGGCAGGUAAAAUAUUGAAA